AAAUCUCAAAUCUAAUAAGCAUUUGAGGAACGAAAGAAAUGAUGAUCAUCCGAACAUCAUCUAUCUUUGCUUUCUUAGUACUGCUAAUGAUUGACUCAGCAGUCAGCCAGGAUCUGGUGAAGCCUGGUUGUCAAGAGUUUUGUGGGAAUGUCAGCAUUCCAUACCCCUUUGGAAUCGGAGCAGGUUGCUACAUGGACAAAGGGUUUGAGGUCUACUGUAACGCUUCCAAAAUUCCGAGCAUAAUCCUAAACAACGAAACCUUAGAGGUACUGUAUAUCUCUCUUGAUCUCAGCUUUAUUAGCAUCAAACUACCCACAAACUGCAUGGACCCUGACAGAAUCUUGCAACAUUUGAGUCUUUAUAAAAGUCCUUUUAGGUCUGUCCGGUCAACCAUCGACGAACAUUAUGUUCCAGGCGUGUUAGAAUGGGCGAUUACUGAGGAGGAUGUAUCAAAAUUACCACGUACAAAUGAGAGUGGAUUUAAUUGUUCCGAGUUUAGUGGUAUUAAUGAUACUAUUGGUCAUGGUUAUCACAUCUUGUUUCCCUCACCUUUUUUACCAACUCCACCUCCACCUCCAAUCUUCGGACCCCCCCUAAGCGUCGCAAGCCCCUCAAGCCCGCCGAAACCGCCAAGUAAACGAUGCGUUUGUGAACGUGGAUUUCAAGGCAAUCCUUAUCUACCUCAUGGAUGUCACGGUUUAUUAUUGCAGCAACAACUUUCUUCAACUGAGGGUAAUAUUGAAAGGACCAAAAUAUUCAGCACCAAGGAGUUGGAGAAGGCAACUGACAAUUUCAACAGCAAUAGAAUACUGGGUCAGGGAGGCCAGGGCACUGUUUAUAAAGGAAUGUUGGUUGAUGGGAAAAUUGUUGCAGUUAAGAAGUCCAAAGAAAUGGAUAAAGAGAAAGUUAAAGAGUUCAUCAAUGAGGUGGUCAUUCUUACACAAAUUAAUCACAGAAACAUUGUUAAGUUAUUAGGCUGUUGUUUGGAGACUGAAGUUCCUUUGCUAGUUUAUGAAUACAUCCCUAAUGGGACACUUUUCCAGUACAUACAUGAUGGAAAUGAAGACUUCCCAUUAACCUGGGAAAGACGGUUAACAAUUGCAGCAGAAGUUGCUGCUGCCCUUUCCUACUUGCAUUCGGCAGCCUCUAUUCCCAUUUAUCAUAGAGAUGUCAAGUCCUCAAAUAUUCUAUUGGAUGAAAAGUACAAGGCAAAAGUUUCAGACUUUGGGACAUCAAGAUCAAUUGCCAUUGAUCAAACUCAUUUGACCACAAAUGUACAUGGCACAUAUGGAUACCUAGACCCUGAAUAUUACCAAUCUAGUCAAUUUACAGAAAAGAGUGAUGUUUAUAGUUUUGGAGUUGUCCUUGUUGAGCUCUUAACAGGAGAAAAACCAAUUUCUUUAGCAAGGGCAGAAGGAGGAAGAAGUUUGGCCUCUCAUUUCAUUCAUUCCAUGGAAGAUAAUAGUCUCUUUAGUAUUCUUGAUGCUCAAGUUAGGGAGAGUUCUGCACGUGAAGAGAUAACAAAGGUUGCUAAACUUGCACAUCGAUGCUUGAACUUGAAUGGCAAAAUGCGGCCAAAGAUGAUAGAAGUUGCUACUGAGUUAGAGCAGAUUCAUCUUUUGCAAAACAAUUCAAAUGGUCAACAGAAUCAUGAAGAGGUUACAUAUGUCAAAAGUGAAGUAACCAAUCUCUGGGAUGGUACCUCGACAUCAAUAGGUUCAGGUUUGGACUCUGGAGCUGUGAAUUCCUUUGAUGAUUUUAAUGAUAACAAAACCAUUGGAAAAGUUUAAUCAGGAGCUUCUUUGUUCAUAGGCAUGCAGACAUUAAUUUCCAAUAAAUCACAGGGAUUUCACUGAUUUAUCCUAGAAUGAAUUUAUUCCAUGUUGAGGAACAUAGUAAGCUCUUUCUUUCUUUAGUGUUUGAAAAUUUGUAGUUCAUCUAAUUUUUAUUUUUGUUGCUGUGUGGUUUAAAGUUCAAAUAAAGUUUAUGCACUGCU